AUGUCUACACGUGCUAGAAACUUCUUCCUCUUCACCCUUCUGGUCAACUCCUUAACUUCAGCAAAAAUUCUGUCUUCUCCUGCAGAGCUCGUGCAGACAGAGUAUGAUUUUAUUGUGAUCGGAGGUGUGGGGAACACCGCCAUUCUGCUGCGUUUCUCUCUGACGGAUCUGGCAUGGAUAGCCGGUACUGCAGGGAGCGUUUUGUCCGCUCGACUUAGUGAAAAUCCCGAUGUCAAAGUUCUGGCUGUUGAAGCUGGUGCGAGUAACGAAGGGAUCGUGGAGACCAUGGCGCCGUUCCUUGGGGUAUCACUUUCAAAUACACUCCUUGACUGGAAUUACACGACGGUGCCACAGGAAGGUUAUAAUAACCGGACACUCAGUUUGACCAGGGGAUAUGUGUUGGGGGGAAGUAGCACUGUCAAUCUUCUAACUUGGAACCGUGGAGCAGAUGAUCUAUGGGACAGCUGGGCACGGAUCACGGAUGAACCUGGCUGGUCUCGAGAAGCCAUGGAAAAGUACUGGCUCAAGUCGUCGCGUCUCGUGAGCCCCGCUGAUCGUCACGACACUACAAACCAAGAAGAGCCUUCUAUCCACGGGAAUGGGCCUGUUCAAGUCAGCGUGGGAGGUUUCCCAACAGAGCUUGAUGGACGUGUCCUUGAUACCAGCAAGAUGCUCGGUGGUCGGUUCCCAUAUACCGUGGAUCUAAAUGCUGGUCAUUUCGUGGGAGUCAGUUACAUGCAAUCUUCUGUUGGUGGCGGCCAGCGUAGUAGUGCUGCAACAGCUUACCUGAAUCCAAGCCAAGAAAGGGGUAAUCUAGAUAUCCUCAUCAACACCCACGUCACAAAAUUAGUUCAAACCGGCUCCUGGCGGGGUUGGGGGAAGCCAGAAUUUCGGGUAAUACAGGUGGCUCAGAGCAGUGAAGAUGCGCCCAUUCAGGUCACCGCCCGAAAAGAAAUACUGCUUUGCGCCGGCGUUAUCGGUACACCCCAACUUCUGUUGCUCUCUGGAAUAGGUCCUUGGCAGGAUCUGAAGUCUCUUGGCAUUUCACCUAUCCUUGCUCUGUCAGAUGUCGGGCAACAUCUCACAGACCACCCUGCCAUCCCUAUUUAUUACGCCGUCAACUCGAACAGCACGUUCGACAGGUAUCUACGGAACGACACCCUGUUUGCGGAAGAAUUAGGGCAUUGGGAACAAACGCAUCAAGGCCUUUUCGUUGAUUCACCGGGUAAUACGCAGGCUUUCAUUCGGCUCCCAAAUAAUGCUUCGAUCUAUGAAUCAUUUGAGGACCCAUCUUCAGGUCCAGGCGCAGGGCACUUAGAAAUGAUAUUCAUCGACGGGUUUGCUCAAUUUGGAUCUUUGCCUCAACCCGAAACCGGAAAUUUUCUUACCGUUCUGGCUGGCGUUGUCACACCGCUCUCUGAGGGAUAUGUGACUAUCAACUCUACCAAUCCUUUCGACCAUCCGCUUAUCGACCCGGCCUUCCUGACGAGCCCUUUCGACCAGUACGCGAUAGUGCAAGCCAUCAAAGAUAUUCAAGAGUUUUUAGCUUCGUCUCCAUGGAACGGUUUCGUGCUAGAUGCUUAUGGCGAUUUACUCAACGCCACUACUGAUGAUGCUAAAUUGGAGUACGUGAGGGCCUAUGGGUCCAAUAUCAAUCAUCUAGCCGGAACUGCGCGAAUGUCGCCGAGAACAGCGAAAUGGGGAGUGGUCGAUCAGGAGUUGCUGUUGAAGGGUGCUGAAGGUAUCAGGAUCAUUGACGCGUCUGUUUUUCCGAGUAUUCCUGAAUGCCACAUUCAGGCACCUGUAUAUAUGAUUGCCGAGAGAGCAGCGGACCUCAUCAAGGAUCGAUACCAUCUGUGA